GUUCCAAAUCUAUUGUUAGUAGUUCGAAUGACCACUUUAAAAAUCAUUAAAGUUGCGUUUUUCGACUUAGAAAACGAUAUUUAUCUCACUUUUUAUAGUUUAAAUUAUCUCGUAGUAUUUGUGUAAGGUAAUGCAUACUAUCCUCCAUAACCUCUUAUUUGCGUAAAAUGUCAUGGCUCUUUCUUCGCGAAUUUGUUACUUAAGAUGCGUAAAAAACGCCCAGAAAAGGAUCACUUUGCCUCACCAAAAGGCUGUAAUAAUCGGCCGAAACGAAGAAACGGGAAUCACGGACUUACACGUAUCCAGAAAUCACCUCGAAUGUACCGCAGACUUGGACUCCUCAAAAGUCCUCGUAAAAACCCUCGGUAAGUCCUAUUCCGGGUGCAACGGUUACGCCUUAAUGCAAAAUGAAACAUAUACUCUCAAACACGGCGAUCGAAUCGAAGUCAGACUCGGUUUCCACGAAUUUGAUAUUAUUUUUGAAUCUCAAGACGAACCCGUUGUUAAAAAACCAAGACUAGAUUUUUUCGCAAUGAAUUCCAAUAACUCCAAUAAGAAUUUCUCAAAUGCGGGCAAAUGGGAGGAGAUCGACGGUCGGGACCUACUCAUUUUUACGACAGACAACUGCGAGCCCCAAUCAACAAUUGCAGCGUUUGAUCUUGACGGAACCUUGAUCAAAACCAAAUCGGGGGCGCGGUUUCCGAAAGACCCCAACGAUUGGGUCUUGAACAUCAAUUCAAUCCCUCAAAAGCUGCAAAAACUCCACGACAAGGGCCACAAAAUUGUCAUUCUAACCAACCAGUCGGGCCUUAGUAACGACUUUAGUAAAGUCAAAGGCUUCAAGGGAAAAAUCGAAGCAAUAAUCGCGAAAUUAUCAGUCCCCGCACAAGUUUUCAUCGCCACUGGAAAGUCGAUUUACCGCAAACCAGCCCCCGGCAUGUGGAACGUCCUUAGCCAGUCCAAAAAUGGGGGCUUAGCGAUCGACAUCGAGAAGUCUUUCUACGUGGGGGACGCCGCCGGACGCGAGAAAAACUGGGCCCCCAAGAAGAACAAAGACCACUCGAUUUGCGACCGACUUUUCGCCCUGAAUGUGGGGCUCAAGUUCUACACCCCUGAGGAGUAUUUUCUCGGCGCUUCGUCGGUGCCCCAUGUAAUGCCCGAGUUUGACCCGAGGAAGGUUGGCAGCAAUGACUACCCCCAUUUCGCCUCCGAUAAGCAAGAAGUUAUCAUAAUGGUGGGGACCCCAGGGUCGGGGAAAAGCUACUUUUGUAAGAACUUUCUCGUGGCAAAGGGGUACGUCCAUGUCAGUCGGGAUAAACUGGGGUCGUGGCAAAAGUGUGCCAAAAUGUUGGAGGAUUGUCUCCAGAAGAAGCAAAGUGUGGUGAUUGAUAACACGAAUCCUGAUAAGGAGUCAAGGCAAAGGUUCAUCGAUGUGGCGAAACGGAAUCAAGUCGAUUGUAGGUGUUUCCUUAUGACGACGAGUCACAAACAGGCCAAGCACAAUAACAGGUUUAGGGAAAUGACGGACAAGAGUCACACUCCAGUGGGGGAUUUGGUCCUCAACUCAUAUAAAAAGGGCUUUCAGGAACCGGAAAUGGCCGAGGGGUUCUCGGAAAUUGUUAAAAUUCCGUUCAUUCCGAAAUUUGAUAAGGCUGAGCAUGAAAAGUUGUAUAAAAUGUUUUUGUUAGAGGACUAAUAACACAAUUUUGUGUCACGGUUGACCUCAACAUGUCAAAUGUUUAAAAGAAAUGCCCAAGUCUAAUCUCAGUUUUCCAUUAUACCUGAUACCACAGCUGAUACCUUUCUCUUGAAGACAGUAUACAAGUGAUUCAAAUGUCUCGGACGAUCUCUUAGGAAGUGAUAAAUGGCAUCAAACUGAGUUAAAAGCUUUUAUGACAAGAAUUGUUUGAGCCUUUUUUCGCUGGAUUUUUAAUUUGAGUUUUUGGCACUUUAGAUCAUUUUUUUAAAUUUAUUUAGCAUAUACAUCAUGCAACAUCUGUUAAAAAACACCAAUUAGCUGUUUCGAACAUUUAAUAAACUCGUAAAUUAGCCAAUAAAUCAAAUUUGACAUCAUUGGAAACAAAACAACAA